CUGCCAGCGGAGGAGAGGAUGGCCUCUGUCAUAAAAACACAUGAAGAGAAUUGAGGAAAAGGAGAAGAUUGGCGGAGGGCAGAACCACGGCGCCGGUCUCCUCUCUCCUCCCCGCCGCUGAGCCGCGGACUCAGACGCCUUGUGAGAGACAAGCCGGGCACGUUCCGUUGGCGACACCAGCUCCGGAUGAAAUGCCAUGCUAUGUGCGGAUUUCUUGGCUUUUCUGAGCAGACGGAGACUGGAGAGAGAUAACUGUAACCGCGGAUUGGAGUGAGAGUCCGCCAUAUUCCGCCGUACCACGCCUGGGAGUCGAGCCGCUGGAACAUAAACGGACGUCUUUAUUCAUGGUUUCACCACAUUGCCAUCACCCGCGGACGGUAACGUGAACUCGGGGCGGGAGGGUGAGUGAUUGUGUUGAUUGGAAAACAACAACAGUGAAGACUUUGAAGGGAUGUGCGGCCACACAAUGCUGGACGAGAUCACACAGAGACGCACGGAAGACGCGUCUUAGAGGAAUCUGUUGCUCAUAUUGAGAAGGAAGAGCAGAUCACACCAAUUAGGAUCGCACGGAUAUUCAACUCAACCUGCUUUGGACACAAUAUCUUGAAGCUGUUCGGGGAAGAAAGCGGACCGAAGCGGGGGCUGGCGGUGGAGGAGGGGGCUCAAUAAUAUCAGAUAUCAAAUGUUGCAAUCUGUGCGCUGUUGUAAAGAAGAAGAAAAAAGGCGUACACGCGUUAAUUCACUGCAAGUGGGUCUGCACGAGGACGUUAUUUGGCAUUCACAGGCCUCUCCUUUUUUUAAAUUCACCACUGAAUCUGAAAUCUGAAUGAACCAGUAAGAGGAAAAAAAGCGAGAAGUGCGCGUUUAAAAACAACAACAAAACAGGAGCGAGAAUGACUCUGGAGUCCAUAAUGGCGUGUUGCCUCAGCGAGGAGGCGAAAGAAGCGAGAAGGAUCAACGACGAGAUCGAGAGGCAGCUCCGCCGGGAUAAGAGGGACGCACGCCGGGAACUGAAACUGUUGCUUCUCGGCACUGGGGAAAGUGGGAAGAGCACAUUCAUCAAACAGAUGAGGAUUAUCCACGGCAUCGGUUACUCUGACGAGGACAAAAGGGGUUUCACCAAACUGGUCUACCAGAACAUCUACACAGCCAUGCAGGCCAUGAUCCGAGCCGCAGAGACGCUCAUGGUCCCCUACAAAUAUGAGCACAACAAGGGCAACGCAAACAUUGUGAGAGAGGUGGACGUAGAAAAGGUCAGCAUGUUAAAGAAUCCUUAUGUAGAUGCAAUCAAGAGUUUAUGGAAUGACCCAGGCAUCCAGGAGUGCUACGAUCGAAGGAGGGAAUACCAACUCUCAGACUCCACUAAAUAUUACCUGAACGCGCUGGAUCGGAUCGCUGAGCCAGCCUACCUUCCCACCCAGCAGGAUGUGUUGAGGGUUCGGGUCCCCACCACGGGCAUCAUUGAGUAUCCCUUUGACCUGCAGAGUGUCAUAUUCAGGAUGGUGGACGUCGGAGGUCAGAGGUCGGAGAGAAGGAAGUGGAUCCACUGCUUUGAGAACGUCACCUCCAUCAUGUUCCUGGUGGCGCUCAGCGAGUACGACCAAGUUUUGGUGGAAUCGGACAAUGAGAACCGAAUGGAGGAGAGCAAAGCUCUGUUUAGGACAAUUAUCACGUACCCCUGGUUCCAAAACUCCUCAGUAAUUCUCUUCCUCAACAAGAAGGACCUGUUGGAGGAGAAGAUCAUGUACUCUCAUCUGGUGGACUACUUCCCAGAGUAUGACGGCCCCCAGAGGGAUGCCCAAGCAGGCCGAGAGUUUAUCCUCAAGAUGUUUGUGGACCUGAAUCCAGACAGCGAUAAGAUCAUCUACUCUCACUUCACCUGCGCCACUGACACAGAGAAUAUCCGCUUUGUCUUCGCCGCCGUCAAAGACACCAUCCUGCAGCUCAACCUGAAGGAGUUCAACCUGGUGUAGAGCGCAGCAGGGCUCCCGACAGGAGGCCCUCAGCAAACACUCACUGACGCAAUCUGUGAAAAGAUAGAUCGUAUAAUCACAUGAAAAGAUAAUCGGAGGGAGAAAAAAUCGAAUGGUUGCAUAAUCCUAAUUUAUUUUCCAUUUGUUGAUCUUUUGGUCCUCAAGGGGUGAGCAAAGUAAAUGUUAUCUAGCUAUUUAAGAUGUUGUUGAAAUAAGGGGGGUGGGGGGUUGGCGGCUGUUGAAUAUGUACAGCAACAAUGCUCAUUUUGAGCCUUUGUGCAUUGUGAAGAUUUUUUAUUUAAAUUGUUUUGCUUGUUUGACAGAAAAAAAGAAACUUCCUUGUCCACUUGAGGUGAGGUUUGGGGGCUCAGUGAGUUACAUCAGAGCUGGAACUAAUGCAAUUUGUUCCCUGCCUUUUUACUAACAAGAAGAAAAAGUGUUCUUACCUUGUUUUCUCCCCGUAACUGCCGGUUCAUUCUGAAGCUUCGUCCUGGGUGUUUACCUGUUAGCCCAACAGGAAACGAUGUAACAGAUCACUAAUUGACAGCUUUCAUUCUCCUUCAAAGCACCGGUUGGCAAGUCUCUUGUUAAUCCGUAUAAACUGUGAUUUCUAAAAAUGAUUUCUUAUUGAUUUGGUAUUCAUUGACUGAAAUUAUUAUUAUUAUUAUUUGUAAUAUUAUUGCAUUAACUUUGCUACCAUCCGGUGAUGUGAGACUAUGGAGGUACAUUCUCCACAUUUUGGGAGGAAAUAGCCAGAGUCUUCACAGUCACACGAGUUCUCCAGCGACGUAACCAUGACGUUGAGAAGUUUGAUGAUGUCGCUGACUGCUUUACACAGACUGAAGGGAAUUGAGGAGAGGAUGGUUUAUGAGACCAUGUUGUUAAAUUAUGUUCAACUGUGCCACAUUAACGCUUUUUAUUAUGGUAAUUUGUAUAUUUAUUGUGAAAUGCCAAAAAAAUUCGAGCACCAUAUUCUCUACCUUGCGCUGUUUGCUGCUUCAAUGAAACCAAAAGUGUUGAGGACAGGAAAAGAGCAGGGCUAAUGAAUGAAGACUUUACUGACUUUAUGUAUCAACUCCUGCAAGUAUCCAACUCAGUCAAUAGUCCCCUCCCCCAUCCCCCCAAGCUCUCUUGACUGUUGUCUUUCGAUGGCAGUGGAGAAUACAUUUGGCUAAUUCCUAGUUAAACGGACACAGUGUUGAUGUUUGGUUUGUACUAAAGUAGGCCUUUCUUUUUUUCUGAUUGGCUCCGCUGAUUUGCAAUUUCCUCGUUCUAUGUCACUUUAAGUAUUGUUUGUAACAACUUGCAACACGCCUGUAUUUUACAUUUAUUGAGGCAUAGUGCAAUUAUAAAUGCUAUAAUCAUUGUACAUACAUCUUUCUUUCUAUAUAUAUAUAUAUAUAUAUUGUAGAAUCUUUGUUGGCUUUGUAAUUACAUUUUUGGCAGAUUGAAUGUGCGGUGUUGAAAAUAUGUAUCUAUGUAAUUGUAUUGUACAUCAAAUGGCUAAUUCAUUUUUGGAAGAAGAAAUAAUGUUAUUUACAUGUUUUUUGUUUGGUUCUUGUUUUUAAAGAGGAGAAUGUAAUCUUUUUUUGUCUUUCUAGUUUUGUUUCUCAGCAAAGAGAUAUUGUUCAGCUUCAAAACGACAUGAACAGAAAUAUCUUUAUCUAAAAACACAUGAUCGGUAUGCCAGUUUGUUCAAUUUACUUUUAUAUGGGGAACAACUGCAGACUGAAUCCAAUCUACAGGGCUAAUUGAAAUAGUUUAGUUCUUAACUGGCUUCAGAACCAGAGCACUCAUCAUAUAGGUGUAACCACAUCACUCAUUGAUUUUGUUUCAAAUUGAACUUCAUCACACAGUGUCUCAAUAAGUAUUUACGAACUUUGUGAUUUCGUAGUGUGUCGCAUACCUUGUGAUCCUGAGCACUCCCCACCCCACUACCUUAGUAUGUUUCAUUUAACAAGUACUGCGAGAACUGGGUGGAUGGCAGGCAGGUUAUGUGUAGCUUCGGCUCAGAUUUUGUACAAAAAAUCUUGUUUCGGAUUGUAUUUUCUGAUUGUUUGUGCUUUUAAAUGGGGACGCCAUCGCCUUUACCACCUCAGAUGGAAAUUCUCCCCAAUAGAAACUCAGUAUAGUCAGUGUGAACACAAAGAAAGACUCAAACAAUUUGGCCUAAUUAGGAUGGUACAUUCACAGGUUCUUUUAUAUUUGUUGUGUUUUACUUUGAUUCAAUUUUGAAUGCCACCAUUUCAUUAAAAUGUAUGGUAUUAUUUUCGACAUUAUUUAUGAAAUGACAAGAUAAUAGACAAAAACACAACAGUUCACAUGUACAUAUUGCCUUAUUGAAUAAGCUGUGCCUCUGAAAUCUCAUACAAGGCACCUGUGUUUUUAUGAGAAGUGAAGCUAGUGCAACCAAUAACGUCCCACUGUGCAGCUGGAGGAGUGUUUGGUUCGGGCUUGGUGGUCUCUCCUUGUUAUUCUGUGCUAUAAGACGCCCCGGGAACAGCUUUGAAGUGCAGCUAAUAUAACACCAUUACAGGAUGUAAGAACAUCAUGAGUGAAUUGAAAUAUGAACACACCUUAUUGAUUUCAUAAUAUUGUCACAUCAGACUAAUGUCUUAAAACGUAUGCCACAGUGCAUUAUAAUGCAUUAAACAGCCUGAUGUAACUACAUAUUAUCAAGAUCUGUGGUAUGUGACACAAUCUGGAUUCUAAUCCACCACCAGCCACCUGUGGUGGGUUUUUUUUCGCCACAUUUGGCUGUGGUUUGGCAUCUAGCAGCCACUUUGGCAGGCAACCAGCCUUCCCUCAGAGGUCCUGUUGUUUUCACAUAUUUUAGUUGGCAGGCAAAAUUUCUUACAAGGAUGAUUGAUUUUGGCAGGCAAAACCCGCUUCAACAAGUUAAAUUCCAGCCCGAUUCCCAGUGAGAGCUGAGUAAAUCUUACAACAACCACUUCUCAAGUGCAGGGCCUCAUAGGAAAAUAACUGAACUUGUCACACAUUUCACUGGAUGUUAAAAACGGUGUUUAAUGUGAUUCUGCUUGUUGCCAGAGGAGAAGUUUCGAAGAUGGACGAUAGUUUCAACUUAUCAGUGUUGAUGGUCACUUGUUGUAGAGUUGCAGUAAUCGGUAACUUGUGUCCCUGCUUUGAUAAAGUACUUACUUACACUGUCCCUGCUGCUUCAAGGGAAAGCCAUGUUUAAACAAUUCACACUGCAUUCAACCCAGUGAGCAGAGAUUGCCUGGCCCUGUUUGUGAGCUUCAAAGAGUAAUAAAAAUAUGAAAAAAUA